GGCAUGAAAACUGAAAGAAAGCAUAUCACCAAAAAACAUAAAUAACUGAUAAUAAAUCGUUCCAAGCUUAGUUAAAUUACAUAGUUAUGCAGUCUCUUCCAAGAUCAUAAGACGAUGAAGACGGUAUCGAGUUGAACGAAUGCGAUUGAGUGCAGAAACGUUGUCAAACUGAAAUUUGUCUGUUGUGUUGUUUUUGCUCACCACACGUGUCGUGCACCGGACCGGUGCCAGUGGACGUCGUCGACAGUCGGUCAUCAGUGGUGACACUACUACUCUACUGUCACUGUCACUUGCCACUGCACUUGCACUGACACUGCUCUCAUACCGCAUAGACUGCCAUCUCUUUUGCUGGUAAACCUACCAAGUCAGCAUGGGUCUUUCAACUCUGCUGGAUGGUCUGAAAGAAAAUCCAUAUUUCGGUGCUGGAUUUGGUCUGGUUGGUGUCGGAGCUGGAUUGGCAGUGCUCAGGAAGGGGAGCCAGGUUGGAAUGGUUCUGUUUCGUCGUCAUUGUAUGAUCACAAUGGAGGUCCCAAGCAAGGAUAAAAGCUACCAUUGGCUUCUUCAAUGGAUCAGUACGCACGGGACAAGGACACAACAUUUAAGUGUAGAGACGACGUUUCAGCAAACUGAUUCAGGGAAAAUAAAAACCCAAUUUGACUUCGUGCCUAGCCCUGGUACACACUUUUUCCAAUACAAAAGAAACUUUAUUCGUGUGGAAAGAAAUAGAGAAAAAACGAUGAUGAACUUGCAUUCUGGGAUACCUUGGGAAACUGUGACAUUGACCGCUUUGGGUCGUGACAGAUCCAUCUUUUUUGAAAUUUUGGAGAAGGCUCGGACUACAGCCCUGCAAAAGCAGGAAGGUUACACCGUGAUGUACACUGCAAUGGGUGCUGAAUGGCGUCCAUUUGGUUAUCCUAGGAAGAAGAGACCACUGACGUCUGUUGUGCUUGAUAGGGGAUUGAGUGACAGUAUACUGGGUGAUAUAAAGGAGUUCAUUGGUAAUCCACAGUGGUACAGUCAGAGGGGUAUUCCCUAUAGGCGUGGUUAUCUGCUGUAUGGACCCCCUGGCUGUGGAAAGAGUAGCUUCAUUACAGCUCUGGCAGGGGAACUGGACUACAGUAUCUGUGUGCUCAACUUGAGUGAAAGAGGUCUGAGUGAUGAUCGUCUGAAUCAUCUGUUGAGUGUUGCGCCACAGCAGAGUAUUAUCCUAUUAGAAGAUAUUGAUGCUGCGUUCAUGAGCAGGGACCUGGCUGCAGAAAAUCCCACGGUUUAUCAAGGCAUGGGUCGACUAACGUUCAGUGGCUUGCUAAAUGCGCUAGAUGGUGUGGCAUCCUCCGAGGGAAGGGUGGUUUUCAUGACAACAAACUACUUAGAAAGACUUGAUCCUGCUUUGAUACGCCCUGGCCGUGUGGAUAUGAAAGAACUUAUCAACUAUGCCACCACCUACCAACUACAGCAGAUGUUUUUAAGAUUUUACCCAGAACAAUCUCAAGAACGAGCUGCGGUGUUCUCCAAAUCUGUCUUUGCACUUUCGAAAAAUGUUAGUCUGGCCCAAGUGCAAGGAUUCUUCAUGUUUUAUAAGGAUGACCCACAGGGUGUUAUAGAUAAUGCACAGAAGGUUAUCGAAGUUUGAUGAAUGCUGUUUUUUGACAAUAGAAAUUCAGGUUUUUUUAUUCCAUACUGAUGCUGAUAACCUUUAGAAUGACUUAAUGUUGCAAGUAUUCAUUGUUCCCCACGUUGAAAUGUCACUCCUAUGAGUCUUCUAAGAACAGAACAUGACUCGGAAUAUCAACAAAUCGAACGGAGUAUAUAUUUUCUAGUUUCUCAAGCUUAACAUAGAUGGCAGUACUUUAACUAUACUGUGUUCCGUGAAAAAUGGUUUGCAAACAUCUACAUAAUUCUUAGUCAGGCUGCAUGGAUACUACAUUCCUCCCCAUUUUGGUCAAAAGCUACUGUUGCAUUCAGUCCAAAAUAUUCAACCUCAAUAUUAGUAAAAUUGUCCAACACAAUUCAAAUGUAAGUCCAACAAAUAUAAGUCCAACAAUAAAA